UCAGCCUCGCGGGCCAUGCGUCACCCCGGCCUUGUGGGGGGCGGGGCUCCGAGGAGCUCGGUUCAGAUCCCGGCCGCCUGGGCUCCAGGAGCCCCGGAACCGGGAUAAGUUGGAUGGCUGCCGCGGCGAAGCGGGGGGCGGGGUGGACCGUGCCCGGUAUUUUCUAUACGGGUUCCGGGGCCCGGUAGAGGCGCGCCAAGAGGAGAGGAAAGUGCGGCGGCCCUGGAACCUGGAUAUCGCGCGAGAUUUGUGACCCAGAAGGAAAUCUCUGACCUCAGCUGUGGCUCUUGGUGCUGGCCAGAAGCCAACUUCAUGUCUGAGUGCACGAGUAGCAGUUUGCCAUGGAGAGCUUGGGGCUGCAGACGGUGACCCUUAGUGAUGGGACAACAGCCUACGUCCAGCAAGCUGUCAAAGGAGAGAAGCUUCUUGAAGGGCAGGUGAUCCAGCUCGAGGAUGGGACCACCGCAUACAUUCACCAGGUGACGGUACAGAAAGAAUCUCUCUCCUUUGAGGAUGGUCAGCCUGUGCAGCUGGAAGAUGGCAGCAUGGCUUACAUACACCGCACACCCAGAGAAGGCUAUGACCCCAGUGCCCUGGAAGCCGUCCAGCUGGAAGAUGGCUCCACUGCCUACAUUCACCACCCUGUGGCUGUGCCAUCGGACAGCACCAUCCUGGCCGUACAGACAGAGGUGGGCUUGGAAGACCUGGCAGCAGAGGAUGAUGAGGGCUUCAGUGCAGACACAGUGGUGGCCCUGGAGCAGUAUGCCAGCAAGACUUUUCCCCCAGGUUCUUCAUGACAGCCAGAUUCCCCAUAAUGGAAAAGGGCAGCAAGUUGGAGACAGAGCAUUCCGCUGUGGCUACAAGGGCUGUGGGCGUCUCUACACCACCGCUCAUCACUUAAAGGUGCAUGAACGAGCUCAUACAGGUGACCGUCCAUACAGAUGUGACUUCCCCAGCUGUGGAAAGGCCUUUGCCACAGGCUAUGGACUGAAGAGCCACGUUCGUACCCACACUGGUGAGAAACCAUACAAGUGCCCAGAGGAGCUGUGCAGCAAGGCCUUCAAGACCUCAGGAGACCUGCAGAAGCAUGUCCGUACCCACACUGGUGAACGCCCGUUCCGGUGCCCUUUUGAGGGCUGUGGCCGCUCCUUCACCACAUCUAACAUCCGCAAGGUACACGUGCGUACCCACACAGGCGAGAGGCCCUACACCUGCCCGGAGCCCCACUGUGGCCGUGGCUUCACCAGUGCCACCAACUAUAAGAAUCACGUGCGCAUCCACACAGGGGAGAAGCCAUACGUUUGCACGGUGCCAGGCUGCGGGAAACGCUUCACCGAGUACUCGAGCUUAUAUAAGCACCACGUGGUGCACACACACUGCAAGCCCUACACCUGCAGCACCUGUGGCAAGACCUACCGGCAGACCUCCACCUUGGCCAUGCACAAGCGCAGUGCCCACGGCGAGCUGGAGGCCACGGAGGAGAGCGAGCAGGCCCUCUAUGAGCAGCAGCAGCUUGAGGCCGCCUCUGCAGCCGAGGAGAGCCCGCCACCCAAACGACCCCGGAUAGCUUACCUUUCGGAGGUGAAGGAAGAGGGUGAUGACAUCCCAGCCCAAGUGGCCAUGGUGACUGAAGAAGAUGGGGCCCCCCAGGUGGCUCUGAUCACUCAGGAUGGUGCCCAGCAGGUCAGCCUGUCCCCGGAAGACCUGCAGGCCCUGGGGAGUGCCAUCAGUGUGGUCACCCAGCAUGGCAGCACCACCCUCACCAUCCCCAGUCAUGAUGCCGACCUGGCCACAUCUGGCACACAUACAGUCACCAUGGUCAGCGCCGAUGGCACCCAGACGCAGCCCGUCACAAUCAUUACCUCUGGGGCUGUGGUGGCUGAGGACUCAAGUGUAGCAUCUCUUUGUCAUCAACAGGUGGCACUGUUGGCGACAGCCAACGGAACGCACAUUGCAGUGCAGCUGGAGGAACAGCAGACCUUAGAGGAGGCCAUCAGUGUGGCCACUGCGGCCAUGCAGCAAGGGGCCGUGACCCUGGAGACAACAGUGUCGGAGAGUGGCUGCUGAGUCCAAGAGGGCUGGAUCCCACACCAUGCUGGAGGAAGUGCCAUGCUGCAUGGCCAUUCUUGCCCCCAAGGGCCCAGGCUGUGGCUGACACAUGGAAGGUGGCCACAUAGGUCUCUGGGUUGAGAAGACAGCAAGAAAACUGCCCACCUGAAGGGAAUGGGGGCCCUGCCCAAGAGGGGGGCCAGGCAGCUGGAAUCAGGGGAGUGCAUCAUCCUCGGGAGCUGACGACAAGCCAGGCUACACCAGGGCACCCUCCUCUCAAAAUCAGCUGGGUGCCCGCUGUCCUCCUAAAGAACACCCUUCUGGCCCUCAGUCUGCUGCCCUUCUCAGGUGGAGAUUGGGGCUGCUAUGGGGACUGGUCCUCUAGGGGAGAGCCACAGAUAGCUCUUCAGCCCAGUAGCAGCGGAGCAGGCCCUGUCCUGCCCUCCCAGCAAUAACCACCACCCUGGAGGCCAGCUGAGAUGCCUGGCUACUUGGCACCAGGGACUUCCUGACACCACAGUCAAUUAAUUCCUCAGGGGCCUGUGGCUGGAGAAAAGGUGCCCAGCCCCCGCCACUCCUCAGCUGCCCCCCAACCUCUCUAUGGCAGAGAGGCAGGGAGUGGCCCUGUACAUAGACUGCUGGGGAUUGGGUUUGAUUUGUUUUGUUUUUUUUUAAUUCCAUUUUGAUAAUUUUUUUCGUGCUCUGGGUGGUGGUGGCACAUGGAUGAAUGAGUAUUUAAUAAAAGUUCCAAAUUUCCA